UUCACAAGUCAAUCAAUCGAUGGUUUCACCGUCAUUCUCCACGUCUCGAAUUCAUAAUACAUAAAUGAGAAAAAGUUCAAGCGGGGAAAAAUUUCAAUCGAAACUAUCGGAAAGCAAACUUUUGUUCCCCUUUAUUGAAGGGAAUCGAAAAAUCGGCGCAAGCGCCGCAUUCUUUUUCUCAGAAUCUCAGAUCAAAGCUGGUUAGUUUGAAAGAGACGUUCAAACUCUAACGAUGGAAAAAUCAAAAAUCAACAGCAUAUCGUGCAUCAAAACAGAUCACGACUAUAAAAGAAACUUAAACCUCAGCAUUCAAUGGAGUCGCUGGAUUUUAAAACCGAUCGGUCUUUGGCCAAAUUCCUCCACUAUUUCAACGACAGGAAAAUAUUUUUAUCGAUUGAUAAAUGUAAUCUGCUACAGUUUAAUAAGUUUCCUCUCGAUACCAUGUAGUUUGUAUGUGAUCCUCGAAGUGAAAGAUGUCUACAAUAGAAUAAAACUACUCGGUCCAUUGAGCUUUUGCGUGAUGGCGUUUCUAAAAUAUCAUUUGUUAAUCCUACACGAGGAUAAUAUUCGCGAGUGCGUCAAACGUAUUGAAUGGGAUUGGAAGAAUAUCACAUAUUUCAAAGACAGAGAAAUCAUGAUAACGAAUGCAAAUUUUGGAAGAAGACUGGUCGUUAUUUGCACGUUUUUCAUGUACAGUGGUUUUGCCUUUUACUAUAUUGCCGUGCCAAUUAGCAUUGGAAAAAUUCUUGCAGAGGAUGACAAUAUUACCUUCAUUCCCUUGGUGUUUCCCUUCUCGAGAUUUAUCAUCGAUACUCGCUACAGUUUCAUAAAUGAGAUUGUAUUUUCUAUUCAAUUAGUCGCCGGUGCUUUGAUGCAUACCAUAACGACUGCAACCUGUAGCUUGGCUGCUAUAUUCGCGGUGCACGCUUGUGGCCAGAUGCAGGUGUUGUCGAGCUGGCUGAAACAUUUGAUAAACGGUCGAUCAGAUAUGUAUAAUAAUAGCAGAAUCGCAAGCAUCGUGAAUCAACAUGUUCGAAUAUUGAAAUUUUUAGCGCUUACAGAGAAAGCACUUCAACAAGUGUCAUUCGUGGAGUUUUUAGGCUGCAUGUUAAACAUAUGUCUCCUUGGAUAUUACGUUAUUAUGGAAUGGAGUUCGAGUCAUUUAACCAGUGCAGUAACAUUU